AUGCUCUUCAUUCGCCCCGCGCUCGCUGCUCGCCCGUGGCUGCCGCGCGCGUUCUCCAGCACAGCACGUGCUUGGGAGCCAGCGCGGCCCUCGAUCCAGGCUAUUGCCGAGCUCCGUAAGGCGGUGCCUGGCACAUCCCUACUCAAGGCGCGCGAGGCGCUCGUUGCCUCGCGCCCGGCUGAAACGCCCGACACGGACCAUGUGCCGCUCGCUAUUGCUUGGCUCGAGAGACACCGCGCCGCAGAAGGCGCCAAGCGCGAAGCCAAGGUGGCGUCGCGUACGGCGGCAGACGGCGUUAUCGGAUUGUGCACCCUGUCGGAUGGUCUUCUUGGUGCCGGUGCACGUGCUGCCAUCGUCGAACUGAACUGCGAGACGGACUUUGUUGCGCGCAACGAGCUGUUUGGGGCACUGGCUCGCGAUAUUGCGCACACGGCUGCGUGGCUCCCGAUGCUCCAUGACGCGGCGGUGCCCCGCGAGGGCCCCAUGACCGAUGUGCCCCUCGACGUGCUCCUCGACUGCCCGCUCAUGCCCUUUGACGGCGCGCCUCCCACUGAAGUGCAGACGGUGCGCCAGGGCAUCUCCGCCCUUGUCGCGCGCCUCGGCGAAAAGGUUGCCCUGGCUCGUGCUACCUCUCUGGCGCCCUCGCCGUCCGACACGCUGCUGUGUGGUUCGUUUGCGCAUGGCGCUGCGGCUGCGCCACCAGCGCUGGAUGUGCCUGUCACAGCGUCGUUCACGAGUGGGCGAGUCGCGAGCCUGCUCGUAUUGAGCGCGCGUGGACGCGUUGCAGCGCUUGCCUCGCGGGCAGCGGCACAGGACGACCCACUCGUGCAGCGCUCGCGCGCUCUUGCGCGCUCGCUGGCACGACAGGCAGCCGGCUUCCCGACGACGUCGAUUGAUGGUGCGCCGGGCGAGGACGGCGCACCAAGCACCGCGCUGCUAGCGCAGCCAUUCGCGAUGCUGCUGCCUGCGGCAGGUCUCGCACCGGAGGCCGCCGAGGCGCUCGUCUCGGAUGCGCUGCAGCAGUGGUCCGAGGCGCAUGCGGGUGCCGCAGACGGUCUCCGCGUGGCGGCUCUCCGUCGCUGGGAGGUCGGGGAGACGGCCGCGCCUGCCGACGAAGGGGAAGCGAUCUCGUUUGCCGACGAGGUGAAGCGGGCCGCUGGUGUGUAG